CCGAGUCCUAUGAAAAAAAAUCUCGGUGAAGUAGCGUUCAAGUAACCGGGAGAUUUUAUCAUUUAUUGCUCUAUGAAGACAUGGUUUUCGGUCGUUCGAGGCUACCUCUAUUUGUAGUUUUAUUCUGUGGCGCAGCUAUUCCGUUGUUUUUUAUCGCAAAAAGAGCGACAUUAAACGGAGGAUAUACGCCUUGGUCGGACUGGAGCUUUUGCUCCAGUGAUUGCGGCGACGGAAUUCGCUUUAGAACUAGAGAUUGUGCGAAUCCUGUCCCCGGAAGAUUCGGCCAGACGUGUCUUAAACAAAGCCUUGGGCAACCAAAGGAAGAAGAAAGUUGCAAGAUUAAGGAAUGUCCCAUAGAUGGAGGUUACACAAAUUGGAGCGAAUUUGGCGAAUGUUCUGCAGCAUGUGGAAGUGAUGGUGUUCGGAAACGGACGAGGUCUUGUACAAAUCCAAGUCCGCAGUAUGAUGGAGCUCCUUGCGAAGGCGUGAACGAAGAAAGUGAGCCCUGUAACGUGAAACCAUGUCCUGUCGACGGUGGGUUUACCGAUUGGGGAAAUUUUGGCGACUGCGAUAAAACAUGCGGAUCGGGUGUCAAGAGACGAACGCGAACGUGUUCGAAUCCACCGCCGGCACAUGGCGGAAAGAACUGUGAGGGUCCAGUGGAUGAGGUUGAAGUAUGCAACACUGCACCCUGCCCUAUUGAUGGUGGAUUCACGGAAUGGUCUGAGUUCGGAAUUUGUACAAAGACUUGCGGCUCUGGCGUCCAAGCCAGAAAUCGUACUUGUUCACAGCCAGCCCCAGCGAGAGGAGGUAAAGAUUGCGAAGGACCUUUUGAGGAAACACAAGCUUGCAGUACAGACCCUUGUCCUAAUAUUGGAGGAUAGAAUUUUGGAACUCAAGAAGAUGUUAUUUAGAAACGUUCAUGGGUUCUUCGGAGAAAGAAAGCUUUCUUCACUCACCCCUAUUCAAUGCUAGAUUGUCGAUACACUACCGUCGUCUACAAAUGUCAAAACUGGUAUGUUUUCAUAACAAAUAUUUAUUGAUACUGCUUUUGGAGUGUUAUAUCACCGUUUCUUCGCAAAAAUGCGCUGUGGCAGGAUGUAUUUUGACUCUGAACUGAUAUUUUCCAGCAUGUUUAGGCAGAUUCCUUCUUUACUCGUGGUAACUAACACUGAGAAAGUAAAACAAAAAGCGAAUAAUCGGACAACGAAGUACAACAUUGUUUUAUUAAGAACCCCAAAACAAUGCCCUCUAAUAACUCAUGCAUAAUUUGAUGAAUUUGCAUGUGUAUUGAUAACAUUUCCUCCCAAGAAUUGAAAUUACUAAGCGUCGAAAUAGAGAUAACUUUGAUAGCUUAUGAAACAAGACAAUUUACCGGGUAAACUUAACUGCUAUUACCCCCAGAUGCAGUUGUUACCGGAAUCACUGGAUAGUCGAUACUUCAGUUAUUUGCAUAAACAGUGUUAUUAUCCAACUACACUUGGACGAGUGCAAAUAACGCCAUAGACGAGUUUAAAUAUCACGUGCUAUUUGUACU